AUGACUGUCCAUAAACAUUAUGAGUCUAAAGAGACGGAACAGCACUGCAAUGAAUAUUUUCAGUCGGCUUUUAUAGGUUCUUGCUUGUCCAUUUUCCUAGGAGGCAUCCUCAUGAUCUUAAUGUACAGGACAGGGAAAUUCUUCUUGAAGUUCCUAGGUGAAAAACUUGGAAUUCAGAGUCUUGGUGCAACUCUUGAUGUCUGCUUGACAAUGGAGGCUAAAGGCCCACAAAUAGCUCACCUGGCUUUUUACCAUCUUUGUCAGCGGACAGCUUCCCCAGCACCUUCUAUGUAUAUUUCGUGGAAGAGGCGCUUUCAAGACACAAUACAGAUGAUGCUUUCUGCACAGACCUCUGUGGGACGUGUGCUGGUAAUACUGGUUUUCCUGUUUAGUAUUGGAUCACUCAUCAUUUAUUUUAUCAACUGUUACAGUGCCAUACAGUUCUGCCUUUCCUUCCAAGAUGGGUUGAUUAAUAUUGACCUCUUCUUCAAUGUAUUCUUCCUCUUUUAUUUUGGAUUGCGGUUCUUGGCAGCAAGUGACAAGUUGAAGUUUUGGGUUGAGCUCAAUUCCAUCGUGGACUUCUUUACUAUCACUCCGGUCUGUGUUUCCUUUUACUUGGAAAAGAAUUGGCUUGGUUUGAGGUUCUUGAGAGCCCUCAGACUAUUAGAGCUUCCAAAAAUACUACAGUUCCUCCAAAUCAUAAAGAGUGGUACAUCAAUCAAGCUGUCCAAACUUCUGGCUGUGUUUGUCAGCACCUGGCUCACUGCUGCAGGGUUUCUUCACUGGAUAGAGAAUUCUGGUGAUCCCUGGGAAAGUCAGACGAAUUUACAACACUUGAGUUACUUUGAGUGUUUAUACAUGGUUAUGGUAACCAUGUCUACAGUUGGAUAUGGAGAUAUUGUGGCCCAAACUACUUCAGGACGUUGCUUCCUCCUUUUCUUCAUCAUUGGAGGACUGAUGCUGUUUGCAAAUUUUAUACCUGAAAUAGCAGAUAUUGUUGGAAGCACUAAACUCUACAAAGGUUCCUAUUCAGUUGUGAAAGGCAGAAAGUUUAUUAUUGUUUGUGGUGAUAUCACUCUAAACAGCGUGACAGCUUUUCUAAGAAACUUCCUCUCUCAGGACACAGGAGAGAUCACCACCGAGAUUAUCUUCCUGGGAGAAAAUCCCCCCAACCUGGAACUUGAAACUGUACUCAGAUGCUAUUCUGCCUAUGCCUCUUUCUUCCAAGGCUCUGUAUUGAAGAAUGAAGAUCUGCAGAGAGUUCAGAUAAAAGAAGCUGCCGCAUGUCUCAUCUUAGCUGACACGUGUUCUGCCACACCCUACCUUGAAGACACUACCAACAUCAUGAGGGUGUUGUCCAUCAAGAAUCGAUAUGCCAACGUCAGAGUUAUAAUACAGAUCAUCCAGUCUUCGAACAAGGUUCACCUGCCUAAACUUCCCAACUGGGACUGGAAAAAAGGAGAUUGUGUCAUCUGCUUUGCUGAACUGAAGCUUGGAUUAAUAGCACAAAGUUGCUUAGUGUCGGGGCUGACCACCCUGUUGACCAGACUUUUUGUUCGGGAGAACCCCCAGUUGAAAGGAAUCAACUUUCUUCCUGUACAUUCAGAGGAGAAACAAGGCAUGGACUAUAAGGUGGUGACUGGCUGUCUUUCCAAAGAUUUUGUAGACAUGACCUUCAAAGAAGUUUGCCGAAUAUGCUUCGUCAAGCUGAAUCUCAUACUGCUUGCUGUCCAGUUCAAACAUGGUUUUUUUGCCAACAGCAUCCUGAUCAAUCCAGCCCCAGCUGUUAAAAUGCAGUAUAACACCAUGGGCUUUUUCAUUGCCAAAUCUGCAGCAGAAGUCAAAAGGGCUCGUUAUUACUGUAAAAAGUGCCACAGUGACAUCAUGAUUCCAGAAGAUAUUAGAAAAUGCCAUUGUUUGGAGAUGACUGCACCAGUUUUACCCUCAUUAUCUCCUGAAAGGCCAUCAACUAAACAGGAAUACGUGAUUGGAAGUUCAGGCUCUAUAGAUACACCUAGUGAUAAAAGUUCAACUAUUAUAGAAGAAAAAAUAAGUGACAUCAUGCUAGACAGUACAGGAAUGUUCCAUUGGUGUGAAGCUGUGCCUUUAGAAAAAGCCCUCUUGAAGCAAAAAAAGAAGUUCGUCCCUUUGCUGCGCAAUCACAUUGUCGUCUGUGUUUUCGGAAACGACAGCUCACCACUGAUUGGACUACGCAACUUUGUGAUGCCUCUGCGUGCCAGUAACUUCACCUUAACUGAACUGAAGGAUAUUGUCUUUGUUGGCUCUCUUGAAUAUCUCGAGAGAGAAUGGGAAUUCAUCAAUAAUUUCCCUAAACUAUACUUAUUCCAGGGCAGUGCCCUUUCCUGUGCAGACUUGAAGGCUGUCAACAUUAAGCACUGUACAAUAUGUGUUGUACUCUCAGCCUACGACAGAGGCUCUGGUGAUCUGACCUUAGUGGACACAAAAUCUAUCCUGGCAACCCUCAACAUCCGUUCCAUACCAUUUAAGUUCAGUGCAUCAGGAGUUUCAUCAAUCGCAAUUAAUAGAGACAUAGAGGAUAUUCACUUUCCGCAGCUUCCUUUUAAAAGUAUCCCCAUCAUCACCGAGCUGAAAGUGGCUUCCAAUGUACAGUUCUUUGAGCAGAACAUGGAGGAAAAUGCAGAGAAUACUUUCAACCGGAUUGGCGCACGUUUUUUCAGAGAAACAGUAUUCUCUGACAGCUUUCUGAAUUCUCUGUUGUGCACAGCCUACUAUAAUCAUCAUGUGUUGGCUUUGCUCCAGACUCUGGUUACUGGUGGAACCAGCCCACAACUAGAAGAAUAUCUAGUAGAGGAGAUUUCACUGAGUGGCACCUAUAGCAACUUAAUGCAAUUUGCUCCUAGAAACAGGUGCAAGCUUGCACUAUUGCCAGUAACAGAUGACCCUCCUUCACUAGAUGGAAUACUGGUCUUCUUUGGAGAAGUGUAUUGUAAAGCACUUGACAUGUUUGGGGUCAUUUGCUUUGGUGUUUAUCGUUUAGAAGAGAAUGGACAGACUUACAAAAAUAGGUUUGUGAUUUCUCGGCCAUCCAGCAGUUUGGAGCUCUUCGCUUCUGAUCUGUUGUUUUGCCUGGUUCCAUUCAAGACUAAAGUGUCCGGCCUUACUGAUGUGGUUGGCGAUAUUAUACCAACGAGACGGAAGACAGCUUUGAGUAUUUUUUAG